AUGUCCUACAUCCCCGAAGACUCCGGUGUGAGCUUCUUCGACGUGGCAGGAACGUCUUAUAUAGAGUCCCAACAGAGGCCGAUGCUCCUACUGGACGACUUGGACCAGCAGAAGCAACAAGCAAGGGACCAUGAUGAUCACGAAGACGACUUCGAACCUGCUGGUACACCAUUAUCACAUUCGGGAGUUUCCUCUGCCCACACCCCCUCAGCUGAGCCAAGCUCCACAUCAUCGAACGUCGAGUUGUACGACUCCUUCGAAGAGGCUGUAUGGUUGGAGAGCCGCACAGUGGCGAAGGUCCUCCCUGAGCGAUUGGCAGUGGACCCUAUAUUGCACAGCGGUGCUGUCAGCACAGCGCCUAGCAGUCGCCCACAUUCGCCAGGAAUGUACAAGUCUCAACAACCAUCUGAGUCCCCCUCCUCUAAGAUCGGCUCUGCGAGGUCGGCUUGUGCCAAUCAGCCCACAUCGUUCGAUGCUCCCGACACCAAGGAAGAUCGCCCGAGGUCUCCCUAUGAACAAACCAACUCCUGGACACCAACACCGAGGAAAGUCGAGUUGAACUAUGGACCUNNNNUCAAAGACAGGUACGUCAUGUGUAUCCCUCAUUCGGGAGUACCAUGA